AAUAUAAGUAUAAUUGUCAAAAAAAAAAACCGAUAAAACAUAUUGAAUAUUUAUUGUUAGUUUCUGCCUUGCGACUAUCAGAACAAGAAUAAAAACUUUACGGAGUUGUAGAAAGAGCUCACCACUGUUCAAUACAUCAAAUACAAAAUUCAUCAAACUAAAUAAAUAUAUCAUUGUCUUGUUAUUGAAAAAUCAUCCGUUUAAAGACCCGCAUUCGCGUACAUAAACGCGUACUUGUACACAAAUAAACAGAGAAAAAAUUGACUUCGUAGUUAUUUAUAGUGCUCUAUAUAUGAGUUGAAAGUAUGCUAUAAUGGAAAACUUACAAACACAAGAGAAAGAAAGUGGCAAUGACAAUUUAUGCACCGAAGGUAUUUUCUAUGAUGUUUUGGAUAACAUUUUUCAAUAUUUAAGUCUUAAAGAUCUUUGCCGAGCCGCUGCAGUGUGCAAGUCAUGGCAUCACAGAGUCAAGAUAGAAAUUUCUAAACGCAAUGAUAUUGAAAGUCUGACUUUGCCAAUAACAUAUGAGUCUGAUGACAAUGACAGUGAUAAUGAUGAAGAUACGUUCAAAUAUUUACAAAAUAAAUGGCAUUUCAGUGAUUCUUUAAGAUCAUUACCACAUUUUAUGCUCUUAUUUCAUGAUAGCACUUAUAAUUUUAAAAGAGAACAUGAUCACUUUCAUUGUUACUAUGCUAAUUAUGUGAAAAUGGGCAUGUUUUAUGGAUGUUUUGAAACAUCAGGAUUAUCAUUGAACACUGAAGAAGUUUGUACGAUAAAAAAUUUAGGAAUAGGAAUUGCAUUGCCAUCUACUGAUAAAUUAAAAGUAGAUUGUUAUGUACCGUACGAAACAGACCUACCAGAUCAUGCAAAAAGUAGUACAAUGUCUCGGCUUGCAAAUGAAGCAAUAAGUUCCUUACUUUCUACUGAAGAUGAACACAAUUGUUUUAUUUUUCUUAGAAAUCAGUCAGAGGCCUUAAAAGAAGAUAUGAUUUCAGAUAAUAACUCUUUCCUAGCUGAGUUUUCUAAUAGCUUAAAACAAAGAUGCAAACCUGGUUCAUAUUCACUAUGGGGUGGUGGAGUGUCUGAAAUAACAUAUUCAAGAUUUGGUAGAAAUGAUUUUGUUUGGCUAACCGUUAUAAGAGUAUCUGGUUUAGCUCUAAAUUCUUGGUCAAUUGUAUUGAAGAUGAAUUUAUCCAGUGCAGAAGUAGAAAAUAAAUUGACGAAUUUCAAAAAAGAUAUUCAUUUGAAGUCAAACUCACUGGCUCUUGCAAUGGUGCCAUCUAAUAAUAAUGAAUCUUUCCAACAAAGAUUAAAAAAAACUGAAAUAUUCAGGAAAAUAUUUUCAAAUAUACCUCUAGUAGGUGUCUAUGAGAAUACAGAGUUCACUCAAAUUGGAAUUAAUUCUUUAGAAAGCGAUCUUAAUCAAGUGAUAGUACAUUCAAAUUCUAUUAUUUACUUGAUUCUGACUACUGAGUAAAUCGAAUUGGUAUUUAUUUUGUAUAUUUUAAAUAAUAUAUUCACAUAUAUAUAUAUAUAUAUAUAUUUAAUAUUGAAUGUCAUUAUGAUAUCUAACACUGUGAUAGGAAAAAUACGUAUUUUAUAUUUUUUUAUAUCAAUGAAUUGUAUCAUAUUUUUAUAUUAUAAUAUAAUAAAAGAUCUUAAUUUUUCUAAUCUAUUUAUUAA